CCUCAGUGGUCUCGGGAAAAUGUCUGUUCCUCGAACCGGGUGAAGAACGCUCAAGGUAGGGAGCGGGUUUGGCACCCGGCCCUGGGAGUAGCCUUGUGAUGGAUCGGACACCCUUUUACCUGGAAUAACGUUACAACAAUCAAAAUGCACACGGAAAAAGUUUUGAGGGAUAUGGGCUAUAAGAUGGAGUCCAUGAUAGGUGAGGGAAGUUACUCCAAAGUUAAACUUGCUCGUUCCCAAAAACAUAACUCCCAUGUGGCCAUAAAAGUUGUAGACCGCAAGAAAGCCCCGCACGAUUUCGUCCACAAGUUUCUUCCAAGAGAGCUGGCACUGUUACGAACAGUGAGACACGAGAACAUCGUUCGUGUUUUUGAAUUCAUCGAAGUUUGCAAUGGUCGGCUGUAUAUCGUCAUGGAGGCGGCAGUGACAGACCUUCUGCAAAAAGUUCAAGAGGGGAAUGGCAUACCAGCUGACCUAGCCAAGGUCAUGUUCUCACAGAUCGUCAGCGGUGUGAGUUACUUGCACCAACAUGGCAUCGUACACCGGGACCUCAAAUGCGAGAACAUCCUCCUUACUGCGGACAAUCAAGUGAGGUUAACUGAUUUUGGAUUUGGCAGAUUUGCGACAGGUUAUCCCGAUCUGAGCCAGACUUACUGCGGCUCUGCAGCCUAUGCCCCACCCGAGGUGCUCCUAGGUGUGCCAUACGACCCCAAGAAAUAUGAUGUCUGGAGUUUGGGAGUGAUUCUGUAUGUCAUGAUCACUGGAUGUAUGCCUUUCGACGACUCUAACGUCACUGCACUGCCACUGAUGCAGCGCAAGGCCUUGGUAUACCCAGAUGACGUUACUGUGGAAGAAAAUGUUCGCGCCAUCAUAUCGCUUCUGUUGCAGUUCAGCCCUUCAACGCGCCCAUCAAUUAAGCAAGUUUCCGAGCAGUCUUGGCUUCAGCUGCCAACAGGCGAGGGUAUCAAGAAAAAAUAAAAUCAACCUUGAACUU